AUGCGCCCAGAAACCUCCACGGCUGUGCUGGCCUUUGUCGGCGGCACGGCUGCCUGCUUGCAUGGUGAUGCGCUUUACGCUCGCGGGCCGGGCCCCAGUCUUGAUCGGUCUUCACGAUACGUGCCAGCGUUGUUGAGACGGCAAAACCAGCAGGACCGAGUAAAUAUCUUUUUCGGCCAGGUUCAAAACGUCGGCGCAGAGAUAUAUGGCUGCUACGCUGGUGGUUCUGACGACGCAGACAAAAUACCCAAGGGCAUCCAGCCCAAAUCCGUCAGUCUGAACGGGGAAGGAUUCGACCCAAAUCUUAAUCUGGGCGUCAUGGUCUACUACAUUAAAGCUUCCCAGAAUUCCGUCGUCAUGUUCGAUACGUCCACUGCAAAAGCUCUCGCCGACAGCUGCAACCAACAGUUGAAACAGCAGACGGGACUUGGCAUAGACAAAGUCAUCCUCAGCCAUGAGCACGGGGAUCAUGUCGCGGGCCUCAACGCCGAGAGCUUGAAGCAAAUCCCAGUCGUGGCACAAGACUCACUCGUCGAAGGGCUGAAGGCCAAAGGAGGCGACGACUCGCCCUUGAAAGAAGAUAAAUCAAGAACUUACGUGCCCUUAAAAGAAGGUGAAUCAAAAGCCUUUCAGAUGCAGGACGGUGUCAUGAACGUGACAAACGUCCAAGCCCACACGCAGCUUGGGACAGUCGCCAUGAUAAAUGGGGUCGCCCUGAUGGGGGAUGAACUGGAAAGCACCGUCAACUUCCUUGUCAGCAAGAACACGCAGCAGCAGAGCGGUCAACUCCAGAAAAGUAACAAUAUACUCGGCGAGAACAACGUGGAAAAGGUCUUGCCGGCUCACGGAAGCGGAGCAGCCAUGUUCGGUGGACAGUUUAGCCUCCAACUUCUGCAAUCGAACCAACAGUACUUGGAGCUCAUGGCUACGAAUCCGCAAUCCGUCUGCGGGAAUCAGCAGCAGCAGGAGGGCAAGGCCCAACUCGCUCAACAGAUCGGCAUCAAAGCAAACGACAUAACAGACGCUUAUUUCGACACGCACAUCAACGAAAAUUGCAAGACCGUGGGCGCCCAGGCAGGACAGGCAAAACAGGGACAGAACGGAAACAAGGGAGGGGGAGGAGCUCGGGGGGGGGGGCAGAAUGCCCAGAAAAAAGGGAGCCAAAGAAAGGCCAACAAGGCGAACGACAUAAAUGGGAAUUAA